AUGCUGAUUUUAUCGCCCAGUGGUCGUGUCGGAGUGGCUUACUAUGAUCCUGUGAAGUGUGUGGUGUUCGUCCUCGAGGAUACUCAGGAAUCUCAGCAUUUCGACCUUACUGAAAUGAUUCUCGACCAAGCAAAACCUGAUGUCGUUCUAACAAGUUCCAAAGCAGACGACUCAUUCAUUGAUGCCCUACGUGAAUACGUUGACCGGUCUGGGGGCGUCUUUCAAAUACGGCCUCACAAGGAUUUUAUUCCAUCGAAAGGACGUGACCGUCUGUUUUCCCUCCAGCUACUGUCCGAGCUGCCCUCAGCAGACACAAGAGGCUGUUCCGACACCUCACGUAGUAGGGACGCCUACGAAUUCAUAUCAAGACGAAGAGAUCAGGAAGGUGAUCCGACUAUGAAGCGUUGGAACGCCGUAAUCCGAUUGUCCAAUUUCGCGUCUGUCGAUUCUUCUCCUCUUUGUUUGGCAUCUAUUGGGGCGCUGCUGGAUCAUCUCGUUCGAGAACGAGCUCUUAAUGAUCUUGAAGGAGAGGGUACACAUGGUCUAGACAUCCGAGAAAUCGAGAUCUUAGCCCUCUCGCUUCAAAUCUUUGAAAAUGAAAGUCACGCUUGCGCUCAAUCCGACAAGACGAAGGAAGGCCUCUCGCUUUUCGGUAUCCUUGAUACAACAAAGACGACGCUGGGACGAGCUCUUCUGCGAACUUGGUUGUUAAGGCCUUCACUUUCCCUCUCUGUCAUCGGGUCACGCCACGAUGCUGUGGAAUGCUUUAUGCGGCUGGAAAAUGUGGGUUCAACAAACUCGUUACAUGGUCAUCUGAAGGGUAUCAAAAACGUGCCGCGUAUGCUCGGGAUUUUGAAAGAUGGUCGAGGUAAAAUUUCCGAGUGGCAGGGUCUUGUCAAGUUUACGUUUCAUUGCGCGAUGCUCAAAGACGUCCUAACCGAGUUACAUGCAGCAGCUCAUGUUGAUAUCGUUAAGAAGCUUUUUAACGUCCUAGACAUUGCAUGUUUUCGUGAUGUGGGGAACAGGAUAAAUGAGACUAUCGAUUGGGAGGAGUCAUCUCAGGCUGGUCGUGUUUGCGUCAGGCCUCUUAUUGAUGAAGAAUUGGAUAACCGAAAACUUGUGUAUUACGGUAUUGACUCUGUGCUGUCAAAGGUAGCGCAGCAAAUGAGCCAGCUAGUACCGGCUGAUUAUGCACCGUCUCUAAACAUAGUUUAUUUUCCCCAACUCGGUUUCCUCGUAUGUAUACCGAUGCUAAAAGAGUGGCAGACGGAGGCUGGAAUCACCGUUAUCGAUGGAUGGACGUCCCACGUUUAUUUCAAAUCCCAAGAGAUGCACGAUAUGGAUGCGCACAUUGGCGAUCUGCACUCCCUCGUCGUGGAUCGGGAAAUUGAAAUUAUACAGUCCCUUCUCGAGGAGAUCUUGGUCCAUUAUGAUAUCAUGACACAUGCAUGUGAUAUUUGUGCUGAACUUGACUGCCUGCUCGCCUUCGCAGAUGCUUCUAGAUUAUAUGGAUACCGGAGACCCACCAUGGUCGAUCAGAAUGUCAUCGACAUUAAGCAGGGAAGACACCCUUUGCAGGAACAAGUUGUCGACACCUUUAGAGCUACACGCUCCAGCGACAGGACAUGGAAUAGCAUUGUACUUUGUACAGGCGCCGAAUGCCUGUGGAAAGGUAUGUACCCGCUUAUUGCGAUGAUUCAAUUCAUGGCCCAGGUCUGCUUCGUUCCUGCCGACUCUGCUACACUUGGAAUCGUCGACAAGAUUUUUACUCGUAUAUCGACUAGAGAAUCAGUGUCCAAAGUGCAAUCCGCGUUCAUGAUUGACUUGAAUCAAGUUUCUCUAGCUCUGCGAAACUCGACUGCUCGGUCGCUAAUUCUCUUGGACGAAUUUGGAAAGGGCACACUUUCUACAGACGGCGCUGGGCUUCUCUGCGGCGUACUCAAACACCUCAUGGACCGCGGAGCAAACUGUCCAAAAGUCCUUGCAGCAACCCAUUUCCACGAUGUAUUCAGAGAAGAGCUCCUGGACCCGGAUUCUACGCCUAUCACUUUUCUCCAUAUGCAAGUGCUCUUCACGUCGAGCACUGGAACUAUCCUCGAAUCACGCGAGUCAACACCUUCGACUAGGCCAGAGUGGGAUAGAAGUAGCAUGGACCGACAAGUCAACCCUGGGGAGAAAAUCACAUACCUCUAUAGAGUGGCAGAAGGCCUUUCGUUGGUAUCCCACGCCGCUAAGUGCGCUGAGAUUUUCGGACUGCCUAGCCGGGUUGUUGAGAGGGCGCAAUACGUGAGCGAAAUGAUAUCUAACCAUGAACUAGGUAGACUACUCGACGAAGAAAUGACAGAGGAAGAACAUAGAGAUCUUGAAGACGCUGAGGCAGUCUGUCGUAAAUUUCUUGCCUGGGAUCUCGAGAGUGAAGACGGCAAUGUUAAAACACGAUUGGCAGAAAUACUCGGAAAAGCGACGGACGAAGAGUAA